AACCAGCAAAUACCAGAAAAUAAGGGCUUAAAAGCAGGGUAAAGCAAUGGGAGAGGUCGUAUUUGACAUGAAAAAUGCGUUUGUAGCUCGGGAUGAACAAGGAAAUCCGUUUAUUAUUCUUAAAGAUCAAGGGAAAAAAAAGAGAUUAUCAGGAAAUGAAGCAAUCAAGUCUCAUAUUUUGGCGGCAAAAACGGUAGCAAACAUAUUGAAAUCGUCGCUAGGACCUAGAGGCCUGGACAAGAUUUUGAUAUCACCGGAUGGAGAUAUUACGAUUACUAAUGAUGGAGCAACUAUUUUGAGUCAAAUGGAAGUGGAACAUCAAAUUGCAAAGCUUAUGGUUGAAUUAUCUAAAUCACAGGAUGAAGAGAUUGGGGACGGUACGACGGGUGUAGUUGUACUUGCGGGGGCAUUACUGGAAAAUGCAGAAGAAUUGAUUAAUAAAGGGAUUCAUCCGAUCAAGAUUGCAGAUGGAUAUGAUCAGGCAUGCAAGAUUGCGGUGGAACAUCUUGAUUCUAUUGCAGAUGUGGUGGAAUUUUCGAAGGAAGAUACAACAAAUCUUUUUAGAGCGACAAAAACGUCUCUUAGCAGUAAAAUAGUAUCUAAGGCACACGACAAGUUUUCAGGGAUUGCAGUUGAAGCAAUUCUUUCGGUAGCAGACUUAGAUCGAAAGGAUGUUAAUUUUGAGCUUAUAAAAAUUGAUGGAAAAGUGGGAGGAGCAUUAGAAGAUACGAUGUUAGUAAAAGGAGUGGUUAUUGAUAAAGAUAUGUCGCAUCCACAGAUGCCACGUUGUGUAUCAGAUGCAAAAAUAGCUAUUCUUACAUGUGCAUUUGAACCACCGAAGCCCAAAACGAAACAUAAGCUUGAUAUUACAUGUGUAGAAGAGUUUAAGAAGCUUCAGAACUAUGAAAGAGAAAAAUUUGAAGAAAUGGUUAAAAAAAUCAAAGAUACGGGUGCAAAUCUUGUUAUUUGUCAAUGGGGAUUUGAUGAUGAGGCAAAUCAUCUUUUGCUUCAAAAUCAUCUACCUGCUGUACGUUGGGUAGGAGGACCGGAAAUUGAGUUGAUCGCAGUUGCUACAAAUGGACGAAUUGUUCCAAGAUUUGAAGAUUUGACUGCAGAAAAGCUUGGAACGGCAGGUCUUGUACGAGAAUUAUCUUUUGGUACAACUCGAGAUAAAAUGUUAGUUAUUGAAGGUUGUGUAAAUACAAGAGCAGUUACUAUUUUUAUCCGAGGAAGCAAUAAAAUGAUUAUUGAUGAGGCUAAGCGUGCUAUUCGUGAUGCUCUUUGUGUUGUACGUAAUUUGGUAAAAGACAAUCGAGUAGUUUAUGGGGGCGGUUCUGCCGAAAUUUCUUGUUCUAUUGCUGUUGCAGAUGCCGCAGACAAAGCACCUGGGAUUGAACAAUAUGCUAUGAGAGCAUUUGCAAAUGCUCUAGAUGUAAUUCCAAUGGCACUUGCAGAAAAUUCUGGUCUUUCACCAAUUGAAACAUUAACAAAUAUCAAAUCAAAACAAAUAAGACAUUCUAAUCCUGCAUUAGGAAUUGAUUGUAUGCAAAAAAAUAAUGAUGACAUGAAGGAACAAUAUAUCAUUGAUUCAUUGAUUAAUAAACGUCAACAAUUAUUAUUAGCUACACAACUCUGUAGAAUGGUACUUAAAGUAAAUGAUGUUAUUAUUUCUGGCUCUGAAAAUGAUCCACACAAUUAAUUCUUCAACAUAUCUAAACUAUUAUAUAUAAUACAUUAUUAAUCUC